AUGUGGGCGACCCCGACGCUGCUGCUGCUGGGUGUUUUGCUGGUGGCGCCUGCCGCAACCGCUGCAGGCCUCGACACCCACUACGACGAGGCCAUCGGACGGAUCCUGAUACUGACCGACACGGGCGGCCAGGAGGUGGAACUGGGAUACAUCGAGGUUCCCGGAGACGAGCUGCCUGCAGCUCCGCGCCACGAGAGACGUCUGGAUGAGGAGUCCUUUGACUUUGGAAGCUCCAGGUUCGUCUUGCGGCGCCAAGACAGGGCGGGCCGUUGUUUUGAAGGCCGGCUGACGAUUGACGUUCCGACUGUGCCCAUCAGACUGUGUCAGCGCCACCUUUCGAGCCACAUCUACGGAGGUAUCGAAUCGACCUACCAGAAGUGGCCAACGGAGCAGAACGUGUACGACCACUACGCAUACGACACCAACAAGAGGGACCACGCCGCCAUCGCCUCGCGCUACUGGCUCUUCUCCGACGGCAGAGCCGCCCGCGUACAUGCAAACAGUCCUCUCUUCAUCGACCAGAACACCGACGCGACCCUCAACAAACUGUGCUUCACUGCCGAGAACGAGUCUCCUUACCCAGAGGACCGAACCGACAACGUGCUGCAGUUCGAGCUGUGUUCGUACGAGGACCCGAGACAGGCGCACGAGCACGUCCUCCAGACGUACAUGGGUAAGCCCGACGAGAUCCCAGACGAACGCAUGGCAACAUAUCCCAUCUGGACAGUGGCGCCUCCAGAAGACAACGUGAGGGACAGGGUCGCCAAUAUAACUGAGCACGGGUUCGACUACAGCGUUAUCGAGAUAUCUGACAAAUGGGAAACGUGCUACGGCAGUAUGACCGUCGACACGACCAAGUUCAGCGACAUGCGUGCGCUCACGGAUGACCUCCACGCUCUAGGGUUCUCCGUCGCGUUGUGGAUGCACCCAUUUGUAAACGAAAACUGCGAGCCGUAUUUCUCUGAGGCGCUGGCCAACGGGUACCUCGUGCAGAACAGUAACGGCAGCACGGCCACUCGCUGGUGGAGGGGAUAUGGCGGCGUUGUCGACUUCACCAACCCAGACGCACUCCGCAAUGAGACAGGGGUGGACACGUUCAGGUUCGACUACGGCGAGUCCAGCUACCUGCCGCAGCCGGCGGACAUCACGCCACUGGAGAAGAGCCCCGUGGUCUUCUCGGACGAGUACUCGAGGGCGGGCGGCCAGUUCGGGCCCAUGGUGACGCUGCGCUCCGGCGUCGAGAGCCAGCAGCUGCCGCACUUCUUCCUCAUGGACGUCGUCGACACCGCGUGGAGCGGCCAGAACGGCCUCAAGACGCUGGUGCCCAAGCUGCUGCAGCUCAGCAUGGUCGGCCACCCCUUCGUGAUGCCGGAGCAGGUGGGCGGCGCCGAGAACCACGGCGGCUACCCCACCUACGACCUGUACAUCCGCUGGCUGCAGGCCACCACCUUCAUGCCGGCUAUCAGGUUCCACCUCACGCCCUGGGAGUUCGACAACGAGGUGAGUUGA